UGUCGAGGACGAGACUGCGAGCUGGAUGAAGAACACGAAGAAUCGAAUGCAAGAGGCAGUGACCGUGGUGCGCGAAGGGGUACGCAAUGGGUACAACGAAGCUAAGGCGAGUGUACAGUCGUUGAGAUACAACGUAGACAACUGGGUGGACUACACAAU